UGUCGAGUUCCCAUCAUCGCCACAUGUACAGAACCGUCUAGCGUGCCAUGUCUUCCAUCAGCUCGCAGGAAAAAGUCAAACAAGAUGUCUCAACUGUGCAAGUUCAGAAUUACGAGGAAGAAUAUGAAGAAUUCAAGACCUUGAACAAGAAGUAUCAAGGAGAUGUACUUGGAAAACUGCUUAGAAGGAUUGACUUUCGUCUGGUGCCUGUGUUUGCUUUGUUGUAUUUGAUGUCCUUUCUGGACCGCGGAAAUGUCGGAAAUGCUAAAGUGGCCGGCCUGACGACGACAAUCCCAAUGACGGAUGGGCAGUAUAAUACUGCUCUUUCUCUGUUCUUCGUGUUUUAUAUAGUGUUCGAGAUACCUUCACAGAUGAUGCUGAAGAAGUUUCGACCCAAAUGGUACAUAUCUUGCCUGACAUUUUCUUGGGGACUCGUAAUGUCCCUGACUUGCUUGAUCCACUCAUACCGCGGCUUUAUGGCAGCCCGCAGUGUCUUGGGCAUAACAGAAUCAGGUCUAUUUCCUGCCGCUGGAUAUACUCUUUCUACAUGGUAUUCUCGAUCCGAGAUGGCUUCUCGUGUAGCUAUCUUCUUCUGCGCUGCAUCUAUUGCUGGAGCUUUCUCUGGAAUUUUGGCUUAUGGUAUCAGCUUCAUGGACGGAUUAGCGGGGAUGGAAGGAUGGAGAUGGAUAUUCUUGAUAGAAGGCCUUAUGACUAUCGUAUUAGGGCUGCUUGGUCCUCUUAUCAUUUUGGACAGCACGGACUAUUGCGGGAAAUGGCUCAGUGAUGAAGAGAAGAGAUUUCUGAUUCUCCGUCAAAGGUACACUGAAACAGGUCCUGUACCACCCGCAGAGCAUUUUAAUUGGAAGUAUGUCAAGAUGGCAUUCACCGACUGGCAGAUGAUCUUCCAAAUAGGCAUCUAUAUAACUCAUGGUGCUCUCGGUUACUCCAUCUCCUUCACACUACCGGUUAUUAUAAAGUCUCUGGAGUUUACUACCUACGAAUCAUACUUGAUCCCCGUGCCUAUCUACAUUGCUGCUUGUGUCUUUACCUACCUGAACAGCUGGUGGGGUGACCGGAGGAGAAGUCGUUUCUUACACAUCGUCGUUCCUUUCACAGUCGCAAUAAUAGGUGUAAUCAUAUGUUUUGCAACUGCAGGAAAGAAGCAUGUCGCUGGCGUGAACUUGUUUGGAUUAAUCCUGAUCGUGUUCUCUUCGUAUUCUCCUGUGCCUACCAGCGUCUCUUGGAUGGCUAACAAUGUGGUCGGUUACAAGAAGGUCAUUGCAAUGGGGAUGCUUAUGGGAGUUGGCAACUGUUCCGGCCUCAUUGGUUCAAACAUCUAUCUCACGUCUCAGUCACCGAAGUACCAGACUGGCUACGGCGUGUCACUUGGGAUAGCCGUCAUGGGUAUCAUCUGUGCUAUCAUAUUGAAAAUCGUUUACGCGAGAGAGAACAAGGAAAGAGACCUACUGACUGCGGAAGAUGUUGCGAGGAACUGGGACGAUAAGAAGCUUGGUGAUGCUGCUGACCGCUCGCCCUACUUCCGCUAUAUCAUUUAGAACUACCAUGCGCCACUGUACAUAUAUGAUCCUACACAAUGAAUGGCCCUGGGCCACUUCUGAUAGUCCUUCACUCGUUCCACGUAAUAACACUGGAAUCAUCGUCAGGAAGGUCAGGGUGUUCUCGUUUGCGAUGAGUAGUGACGCGAUCACGGGUGGGGAAGAGUCGAAAACAGCCUGUA